AUGUUGCACACAGAGUCACCUAUCUCCUGUGUUGAGUCAAAUCAGUAUAAGAUUCAAAUUGAGAAUGAAAAUGAAAAUGAAAAUGUGGACCCACGGUUACCCCACAGCGGAUCACUUGAGCCGCAUCCAGAGCCAGCACAAGAGCCCCUUUUCAUCACCAACACGGCUGGUAAAGAGUACCAAGAGAAUAAAAGAACAGAACCAUCGAUAUGGAAGUUAGUUUCUAGCAUUUUCAUCUGGGAGGUACUGGCUAUGGUCUUAUCAAUAGUACUCUUACUUGCGAUCGUGGUGAUCUUAACUCGUCACAAUCACCAUCCCCAACCCACCUGGAGAUAUUUCUCGCUGAACUCGAUGAUUUCGUGGCUAAGCACAAUCUCCAAAGGUUGUGUCCUUUUCUCUAUUAGCGAGGUUUUAGGACAGUUAAAAUGGGUGUGGUUCAGUCAAAAGAAGCGGCCAAUGUCUGAUCUUCGUACUUUCGAUGCAGCGAGCCGGGGACUGUACGGUAGUGCGGGAUUAAUAUGGAAAUUACGGGCAAGACACUUCGCAGUUCCAGGCAGUUUGGCUGUUAUCCUCGCACUCGCUUUCGACCCCUUCACCCAAAAUCUGAUCCACUACUAUCCUAAGCUCGUCGCCGAUGCCUCAGAAACUGCAAUUGUUUCGAACAACUCUGUGUACGACGUUGUGGGCCUCAAAUGGAUUACCGGUGGAAUGACCUACAUGGAUCAGGGAUUGAAAGCCAGCAUCUACAACGCCAUAUUUAACAACGACGAAGCAAAACCGUGGGCAAUUCCACAGUACACCUGCACCUCGGGGAACUGUACAUGGAACCCAAUCACUGCACUAGAGAUAGCCGCGAGCUGUGCGAAUAUAACAGAUCACCUGAAAUAUAAAUGCACCGUUAUCCCAACGUUUUAUAAGGGUAUGAAUUAUGGUGAGGAGUCUAACUGCUCUGUCUAUCUCCCCGAUGAAGAUUCGAAUGAGCCUGCCGAUGGUCUCUUUGCGGAAUUCGUUACAAACACACGAGAGGGUACGGCAGUCGCUGUAGGAUCGGGUGGCAAAGGAGUGUUCUUCGAAGAUCCUUUCAUCGUCCCCAUCCACCUUAUUGCCGCUGAUAAUAUGCUCGACAUAAAGCUAUUCACAACACAGACUAGAUGGCAGGCAAUGGAAUGCACAACUUCUCCAAUUGUUCGCAGCUUUCGCCCGGCAGUUACGAGGGGAGUUUAUAACGAAGAAACGCUGGGAGUCUGGACAAACCGCUCGAUAAAUCACGAUUUCAGUUCCGGAUACUAUUUGCGGCCUCCCUGGGGAAUAGAGAUGGGCAUGGAGCGGAACACAAGCUUCAUGGUAGGCUAUCAGUCGAUCGAAAUGUUGUUAAAUUUUUUUGUUGAGUUAUUUGCUGGUCAUGCGAAUCUCCGUGCUCAUUCUGGUAUACUAUUUGCCCCUCACGAAAAAGCUAUAUAUGCUUCUACGGACUUGGUCCAGGCCGUCUCAUACUUCAACAUUACUGGCUGCACCGUGAAAACUGCUGAGAGGCUCCGCUGUGUCAUGGAAAAUGUUGCUUUGGCAAUGUCAAAAACCUUUCGAGAUAAUCCAUCAGUUUCAUCGCCUCUACCGUAUACUGAAGGGCAAGCAUUGACGAACAUAACGUACGUUUCCGUGCACUGGCAGUGGAUUAUUCUACCAGCUCUUGUGUGCCUGCUAGGCCUGACAACACUGUUGGGAACUAUUUGGAAAACACGGAAGGCCAUGGUACCCACGUGGAAGAACGAUGCUAUACCACUUUUAUUCCUAUAUGAAAUUACUCAGGAUGAGAAACCAGAAAAUUACCAAAAGCCGGCUAACAAUCAAAGAAUGAUGUUAAAGGAGAGUGAGGGCAAAAUGUUGCUAAGUGACUAG